GCUGCCAGAAACUGUUUAGUGGGAGAGAACCAAGUCAUCAAGGUGUCCGACUUUGGGAUGACAAGGUUCGUCCUCGAUGAUCAAUACACCAGUUCCACAGGCACCAAGUUCCCGGUGAAGUGGGCAUCCCCGGAAGUCUUCUCCUUCAGCCGCUAUAGCAGCAAGUCAGAUGUGUGGUCAUUUGGCGUGCUGAUGUGGGAAGUCUUCAGUGAAGGCAAAAUCCCGUAUGAAAACCGAAGCAACUCAGAAGUGGUAGAAGACAUCACUACUGGAUUUCGCUUAUACAAGCCCCGGCUGGCCUCUGUGAAUAUCUACCAGAUCAUGAAUUAUUGCUGGAAAGAGAAACCAGAAGACCGGCCACCUUUCUGCAGACUCUUGAGUCAACUGGCUGAAAUUGCAGAAUCGGGACUUUAGCAGAGACUCAGCACCAGGCCACGGGCUGCAGAUCCUCAAAGGGGGAAGCAAAUCCUCCCUUCAUAGAGCAUUAAAAGCUGCCACCAGCCCAGAAUUCCCCAGAGGCAGCUGGCCCUGUGGUGCCAGUCCCUGAGCCACCACAGAGGCAGCACCCUGACAGAGGUGGGCAGCUCAGCCCCUGACCUGGGACAGAGGUCCGAGCAGCUGCCUCUUAUCUUGUGCGGCCCGCAAACCUCAACCUGACAGCUUUCAGGCACCAUUUCUUGCACUUCUUAGAGAAAAGGAGAGACAUGGUAGGGCUGUGGAUUAUUAUUUUUAUCAUUAUUUCAAACAUGGAUCUAAAGUGUAGGGUCGAGGGAUUUUCACUUGACCCGGCAACACAGAAUCCUAGGAUGUGGGGCAAGAGGAAUGAGCAGCGGGACUCUUUUUCAAGAACUGGUGAGUUAAUUAAGGUCAGAAACAGGAAGCAGCCGCUGGGAUUCUGUUAGCCGCAGCUUCCUACCGUAGAGGAUGAUGGGACAGCCGCUCAUAGCUGAGGCCAGAUAGGCUGAGAAGCAGCUUUAGGAGGUUUUAUUCAUCGAGCACACUGCCACCUCCCUCCUUGAAGGGACGUGACGGACUGGGGUGAACAAUUAUGAUCCCAUGGUUGGAUCUAGCGUCUGGACAGAAAGAGGGCAUCAGAUGGUGGGGAGCCAACUAGUACAGAGAAAGGCCUUAGGUUGUUACCACUCCAAGGUCCACCUUCAGUACCAAGCCGGGCAGGUGACUGUGCCUCCCCUUCCGCACAGAUUGCUUCCGCGGGCAUCCGGGGAGAAGAUGAUUGCUUCUGGACACCGACUCCGGCGGAGGACUCCACCCACCAUCAGUUUUUCUGGCGUCUGGGAUUAGUCCCCUCUCUGCACUCUUCCACCCUCACCAGCAGAGGGCAGCAUUGUGUUGGGCAGUGUGGCCUGCAGAGACCUGGAAACUGGUUUAGGCCCUAGAGAUUUGCAACGUGAAGGCUGAGGCUUCAAGUCUCCUCAAAGUCUAGGAGAGGAGCGAGGGAUCUGUUCUCACUCAAACCAUCUGGAUGGAAAGUGAGUCAAGCACUGAAUGGGGUGCUUCCAAGAUGCACAAGGCAGCCUACUGUUGAUGGAGCGCUGAAAUAUGCAAAGUGAGUAUGUACUGAGCAGCAGGCCUUAUGUGCAGAGUUUCGUUUCAUCCUGAGUUCACACCACCCCCGUGAGAAUGUAUUCUUAUUCCCAUUUUACAGAUGAUGGAACUGAGGCUUUAAAAAGCCAAGACAGCUUGCCAAAGUGACAGAGCUAGGAAAUGUAGAACCCACGUCUGUCUGCUGUCAAUGCCGUUUCUUUAUUCCUAUUCAACACUUCUUUCUACUGAGGAUGAAAGGGGUUGCAGAGGAGAUAAAUACAGCUGAGGGAAAGACAUAGAAAGCCAAUAAAGAAGUCAACCACCAAGUGAUGUUUCUUCCGCAUCGGCCACUGUGGUUGGCCAUGUAGCCCUCCAACUUGGAAUAGGAUCUUCUUUUUCUCUUCUGUCUUCUCACCUUUGUUAGAGUUAAUGACUUUGGAGUUACUCGGUUAAUUACCCUUCUGAUUCACCCACCCCUCCACAGUCAUGUUGCAUGAUGCCAUUUAUAGGUGAGCUUCAAAGCAGUUUUGAAAGAUCCGCCUGCAGGUGUAUAAAUGCUUCCUUUAAUUAUCAUUUCAACUUUGAGCCAGCUGCAGUAUUCUUGGGCACUUUGUGGAGAAGGGUAUUCCCUGAUGUAAGAGAGAUUUCAUUUUCCUACAGUGUUCAGAUAAAACUUUUAGAGAGAUUAUUGGAUGGUGUUACAAUUAACUCUUUCUAAAUCUUGUGAUAUUUUGACCAGCUGGAGAUUCAGAUGCAUAACUUGUAACUAUAAUUAUUGUGAAACUGGUUGCCUUAAGAUAAAACUCUAUCAUUCAGAAGAUGAUCUUACUCAACAUAUCCAAAAGCAUCCCUAUUUACUUUCUGGCAUUUUGUACAUUCUCUUGUGGAACCCUUAAUUAGAGAUGAUUUCUGGAACAUCCAGCCUGAAGGAAAACAUCAAAAUUGACUGAUUUCUGUGGUCUGGUUUCAAAAAUUGCCCCUUGCAUGGUGUUAUUGUGUUCAAGCUCAGAUUCCCUGGGCCUUAACUGAACAUGUUAACUCCCCAGUGUCCUAUCCUAAAAAAUGAGCUUCCUGCCUGUUUUUUUCUACCCCUCUCACAUUUUGAAAAUGGUACCAUGUGUUCACAGGGAAUUCCCUUAUGCAAAGUUUUGGUUCUAGGUGCAUUUUAUAGAUUUUGCAUUUUGUACCUUUUGAGAACUAUUUAUAUUUGGAUGUAUUGAAUAUUUAUUACUGUACAGUAAUUGCUAGUAUUCACAAUAAAAAUGUUACAAAUAUCUCUAACCAUUUAUAAAGCGCACAUAGUUAAAGGACGGAUUUAGCAAAUAAAGCUGUAUGUUUUAAUAAAUACAGUAUAUAUGACCUGGGUUCCAUAUUUGCCCAAAUGUCAAACAACCAAAAAUUUUCCUUAAAUAAAAAUGAUUACAUGGCUUCAUGUUCCACAAACAA